AUGAAGAAUAUCGAAGCAAACCUUUGGCUAAGCAAGUACCAUUGUAUUCUACAUUCCAAGUCUGUAGGUGUGAACAGGAUCAUGGGCAGUCUCCGGAAGAACCUUCUCCGGUCUCUCUCGCAGCUGCCGACAAUGGAUGCCUCAUGACUUCAGACCGCGCUCUCCCGAAUUAGGCGUGCGGACGUACGUCCGAACUGCACGGCGGUCGACCUCCAGGAAGACAAGAAAGGUGGAAAUGCUCAGAAAUUUCAAGGCAACGAAGACUGUUCGUAUUCGUUCCUUCGUGCGGUCUUGGCCUCAAACCCUUCACCGCUCCUCGGCGCGACAAUUCAGCACCUAUGACAGCAAUGCCUCGCCGAAACCAACAGAAGAGCAUAAACCCUUGCGCAGCCGAACCUCUUUUACCAACUCCUUAUGGUCGACUCGUCUUCAAGCCAUGCGUCAGGCCGAAGAGUCAACGAAGCGGAAAUUGAUCCCCAAGCGCAUGGCGGAGAGUUACGUCGAAGGUGUUCUUCCUUUUUCGAGCGAUGCGGAGAUGCGCGAAGACUAUCAAAACACGUGGGGCGGACUGCGGUUGGGAAAACUCUUCGAGGAUCUGGACGCUUUAUCUGGGAUGAUUGCCUACAGACAUUGCGAAGAUGGCGACGUCCAUACCCUACCAUUACGAAUUGUCACAGCUAGUGUCGAUCGGAUUGAUUUGCUGAACCCUUUGACUGCGGAUAAAGACUUGAAGCUGUCGGGACACGUGGCAUAUGUCGGAAAAUCGUCGAUGAACAUAACGAUCAGAGUGGAGGAACUACCCGAAGACGGCGACGUGUCAAAAUCCACCCCGAUCUUGCUAUCGAACUUCACGAUGGUUGCACGCGACCCAUUAACCAAUAAACCCGUGUCGAUCAACCCUCUACAUGUCGAAUCUGAAAAGGAGAAGCUGAUCGCCAGCCUUGGCAAUGAGAAUCGGAAGCGUGCCUCAUACCAUCGUAGUCACGCUUUAUCUCGAGAACCGCCGACGCAGGAAGAAGUUGCACGUAUCCACUCAGUAUGGCUAGGUCAGGAGCAUCUGGAUAGUAUGACACAUGAUCCCUUUCACGUUCAGCCCUCAAGAUCCCCCGAUCAGAUUACGCCAGCAGAGACUGCUCUAAGGCGAGUGAAUAUCUGUCAUCCUCAAGAGCGCAAUAUUCACAACAAUGUGUUUGGAGGUUAUCUCAUGCGUGAGUCAUUCGACCUUGCUCAUGCAACCGCGACUCUUUUUGCUCAUGCUCGACCUAUCUUCACCUCUUCCUCCUCCAUUGCUUUCCAGAAGCCUGUACCAAUCGGUUCUAUACUCGAUUUUCACUCACGAGUAGUGUACUCUAAUGUCGACAGGGGCAGCUUUUCCGUUUCAGUCUCUGCUGAGGUUAUCGAUCCGCUCACUGGCGAACGGCAAACCACUUGCGUCUUCCAUUAUGCUUUCAGAGUAAAGGAUGAGAAGAAGGGCACACUGAAACAGAUUGCUGCUGUCAACUACGGAGAUGCGAUGAGGUCUGUGAUGGCGCUGAGAAGAGAGCAGCAGUCCGGAGGAGCAGAGAAAGAGCGGCAGUUCGAGGAAUUUGAGAAAGGUCGUUUUGAUCCGAAAGCGUAG